AUUUAAUAUUGCACGAAAUGGCAAGACCAGGUAUCUUACUCGGCUAUGGAAAUCCUCUGUUAGAUAUUUCUAUCAUAAGUGAUGAAGAUUUUUUAAAGAAAUAUGACUUGAAAGCUAAUAAUGCUAUUUUAGCAGAAGAAAAACAUCUUCCUAUGUAUGAUGAUAUGGUUAAAUCUUAUCCUGAUACUGUGGAAUAUGUUCCUGGUGGAGCCACUUUAAAUGCAAUUCGAGUUGCACAGUGGCUGGUAGGUGUGGAUAAUGCCACAACUGUAUUUGGUUGUAUUGGUAAAGAUGAUAAGUUUGGUUCAAUUUUAAAAGAAAAGGGCAAAGAUGCUGGUGUCAAUGUAAAGUUUCAAGUCACAGAAAAACAACCCACUGGUACUUGUGCUGUAGUUUGUACUGAAAAAAAUAGGUCUUUAGUGGCUAAUCUUGCUGCAGCCAAUUGCUUCACAGAAAGUCAUUUAGAUGAUCCUGAAAACUGGAAGUUAGUUGAAAAAGCGGAUUUUUACUACUGUGCAGGUUUUCCACUAACGGUUUGUCCUGAAGCCAUGCUACGAAUUGCUAAACAUGCAAAUGAACAUAAUAAAGUAUUUUGUAUGAAUUUAUCAGCACCAUUUUUAUGUACUGUAUUCAAAAGUGCCAUGUUACAAGUUUUACUAUAUGUAGAUAUUUUAUUUGCCAACGAAACAGAAGCUGCAGAAUUUGCUACUGCUAAUGAUAUUAAUACAAAAGAUCUCAAAGAAGUAGCAUUAAAAGUAGCAGAUAUGGAAAAAGUUAAUUCUAAAAGAUCGAGAAUGGUUGUUUUUACACAGGGAGAUUUACCUGCUAUUGUAGCUAAAGAUGGUAAAAUAACAGAAUACCCUGCGUCUAGUGUUGAUAGUAAAAAUAUUGUGGAUACUAAUGGAGCUGGUGAUGCCUUUGUUGGAGGAUUUUUAGCACAGUUAGUUCAAGGCAAACCAAUCAGUGAAUGUAUGAGAUGUGGACAUUGGGCAGGAAAUUUAAUUAUACAGCAAUCUGGUUGUACUUUCCCUAAAAAACCAUCAUUUGUAUAAUUUAUGGAUUAUUUCAUCUCAAACUAAGGUUUAAUCAUUCUAUGCAUGUCUUUAAAUAUUAUUCACAACUAAUUUUUACACUGACUUAACUCAUGAAUUAUAGCACCUCACUAUCACCCCUCUUUUUAAAACAGACAAGUGCCAAUGAAAAUUACUACCAUAAAAAGUCUGUUUAUUAACUCCAUCAUUAAAUAACAAAAGCAUAUGAUGGAAAACUGACUGUAUGAACUAGUCUAUCCAGUCAAAGUAUACAAGCUGGUAAAAUCAAGGAGGUAUACAUGAAAUGAGUCAUUGAAAAUGACUACUCAGUGAAUUGUGCCAUAUUGUUAAUAAAAUUUUAUUACUGGGAUUUGACCUCUGUACCUGGUCAUUAGGAUGUUAAAUUGUUAAAGAAAAUGAGUAUGAUUUGUUAAACAAGACUUUUUGGUGACCUUUUUAGUAAAAUUCUUUCAAUAUUCUGAUUAAACAACAGAUCUAAGUGUUGUCAUAUUUUUCAGUGGGUGACUCAAAUAUAUAAUAAUUCAAAUAAUUCAAAUAAUCUGUAGAAAAAAAACACAUUUGAUCUGACUUCUUCAAAAGACUAAAUUUGUUAGGCCUUUAUCUUGGUUUUUAGUAGGUCAACAAACAACAACAAAACAACAUGUAGAUUGUACCUAGUAUACCUAUGCAAUUUAUGAUUCGCUAAAUAUUAUACUAAUAUGCUAAACUUUAUUGAAUGUCUAACUUGACUUUAUUUAUCAGAAGAUAUUGGCAGAACAAGUUUGUGAGGAAGGAUGCUAGUUAAUGCUUUGAAUAUUUAAUCAGUAUUAAACACAAUAUGAGGAUGACUUUUGUUUAUGUUUGGAUUCAGACUCUCGUGCACAAAUAUGUCGGUAACAUGAUUUACACAAACAUAAUUGCUCAUGUUGAAUCUUUUUGUGUUAUCUGCUGAUUUUGUUAUUUUUGAUUAGAUUUCUAUCACUUUGUUGAAUUAUUUCUAAUCAUCUUUUGAGCUUUGAAAGACAAUUAUCCUAAAUAAUGUAUUAAAGUGAAAAUGUAUCGAGAACCAUGUUCUUAACAGAAAUACAUCUGUCAAUUAUAAAUAUGUUAGUUAUCGUGUCAUUAUACUGUGUAUCUCCUUUAUCAUGUACUUUUAACUUUGAAAAAGAAGUGGAAAUGGCUUUAGAAAGCUCAAAAGAUAUUUUUUGAAGUAAGUUAUUUUAAGUCAUGGUUGUUAUUGCAGAGAAUAAAUCAUUCAUUAACUUUU